AUGACUGAAAGAGACCUCCAGGUGCUGGUUAUCGGGAAAGGUGCCCGAGAGCAUGCCUUGGCCUGGCAGCUGAGUCGAGCCAGAUCAGUCAAACAUGUUUUUGUAUUCCCUGGCAAUGCUGGCACACAUGAGGUUGCAGCCAGCAGCAACACAGCCGGGAUUUCGGCCCUUGCAGGCGUCAGCAGCUCGGAAUAUGACGACUUGGCGAAGCGUGCCAAAGAAAUCGGUAUAGGUUUGGUAGUUGUUGGGCCUGAUGACGACGUGGUGAAUGGCAUCGAAGAAUUCUUUCGCAAAGUUGGCGUGCCUUGCUUCGCACCUUCGCGCGAGGCCGCAGAACUUGAGGGCUCCAAAGUCUUUGCGAAGGAGUUUAUGAAUAAAUUUGACAUUCCGACUGCCCACCACCGGAGUUUUGACAACCUCGAGGCUGCCAGUGCAUACGUGCGCCAUGUUUUCGCCGACAAAGACCACCGCAUCGUCAUCAAGGCAGACGGCCUCGCUGCAGGCAAGGGCGUGGUUCUCCCUGAAACACUAGAAGAAGCACUGCAAGAUCUUCGCAGCAUCAUGAGCGACGGCAAAUUUUCUACAGCGGGCUCCUCAGUCGUAAUCGAAGAGUACAUGGACGGUUACGAGAUCAGCAUCUUGACCUUUAGCGACGGCAAGACCUUCUUCUCUCUUCCGCCUGGGCAAGACCAUAAGCGUAUUUUAGAGGGAAACAAAGGACCCAACACUGGAGGCAUGGGCAUUUACUCACCUGUGCCCAUGGCGACCCCAGAUGUCUUACAGAAGAUUGAUCAAGUCAUCUUGAAACCUACGUUUGAUGCUCUAGCAAAAGAAGGCCGUCCUUUCUGUGGCCUGCUGUUCACUGGAGUCAUGGUCACCAAAUCGGGCCCUAAAGUUAUCGAGUACAACGUUCGCUUUGGCGACCCGGAAACCCAAAGCUCGAUGCUUCUUAUUCACGAAGACACCGACCUCGCAAGUGUCAUGCUGUCGUGUACAAAUGGGACACUCGCACACGUGAAGAACAGCAUCAGAAUUAAGCCAGGUUUCGCAUGUAAUGUUGUUAUUGCAUCCGGCGGAUACCCAGGGGAUUACAAAACUGGAAAGGUGGCCACACUGAGUUCUCCACCAGAGGGGGUGGUUAUCUUUCACGCUGGGACUCGUAAGGAGGAUCAUUUGCUGAAGACCGCGGGAGGGCGUGUCUUUUCGGUUGCUGCUUACGGUGAUACCCUUGAAGAGGCACGUCGCAAGGCAUAUAUGGGUGUCGACUGCGUGUCUUUCGAAGACAUGGUGUACAGAAAGGACAUUGCUUUAGGGGGUCUAGCCAAAUGA